CGGCCGGGCUGUGCCCUGGAAGCGGAACCGCGGCUGCGGUGACUUCCUGCCUCGGGAGGAAGGAGCGGCGGUUGAAGUUGCGCGUCGGGGUCUGCGCUGGCCCGAGGCAGCGGCGGCGGCCGCCCGGGAGGAUGCGGCGGGCAGAGAUGAAGCCUGGGAAAUCACCACAUCUAAAGGAUUUACUUGGCGUAAAAGAUCACUGACUUCUACAAUGGAAAAAUCAUGGAUGCUUUGGACCUUUGUUAAAAGAUGGCUGCUAGCUUUGGCUUCCUGGUCUUGGAGUCUCUGCCGUAUUUGUCUUUUGCCCUUGAUAGUGACUUUUCACUUGUAUGGAGGCAUUAUACUCCUUGUAUUAAUAUUUGUAUCCAUAGCGGGUAUAUUAUAUAAAUUCCAGGAUGUUCUGCUUUACUUUCCUGAACAGCCCUCUUCAUCACGCCUUUAUGUUCCUAUGCCUACUGGUAUACCACAUGAAAACAUCUUCAUCAAAACCAAAGAUGGAGUUCUUCUCAAUCUUAUUCUGCUGAGAUACACAGGGGACAAUGCAGCAUAUUCUCCAACCAUCAUUUACUUUCACGGGAAUGCAGGCAACAUUGGCCACAGGUUACCAAAUGCUUUGUUAAUGCUGGUAAACCUGAAAGUAAACUUAAUUCUGGUCGAUUAUAGAGGGUAUGGCAAAAGCGAAGGAGAAGCAAGCGAAGAAGGCUUGUACUUAGAUUCUGAGGCUGUCUUAGACUAUGUGAUGAGUCGGUCUGAUCUUGAUAAAACGAAAAUUUUUCUUUUUGGCCGUUCCUUGGGGGGAGCAGUAGCUAUUCACUUAGCUUCUGAAAAUUCCCAUAGGAUUUCUGCCAUCGUGGUGGAGAACACCUUUCUUAGCAUCCCAUACAUGGCCAGCACUUUGUUCUCUUUCUUUCCGAUGAGAUAUCUUCCAUUAUGGUGCUACAAAAAUAAAUUUCUAUCCUACAGAAAAAUCUCUCAGUGCAGAAUGCCUUCUCUCUUCAUCUCUGGGUUGUCUGACCAGUUAAUUCCACCAGUUAUGAUGAAGCAACUUUAUGAAUUAUCCCCAGCUCGGACUAAGAGAUUGGCAAUAUUUCCUGAUGGAACUCACAAUGACACUUGGCAGUGCCAGGGUUAUUUCACUGCACUUGAACAGUUCAUCAAAGAAGUAAUAAAGAGUCACUCCCCUGAAGAAAUGGCGAAAACUUCAUCUAACGUAACAAUAAUAUAAUUGAUAUUCUUCUUUGGGAUGGGGUGGGGCAAGUACCUGCACUGUACCUUGAUUUGUGAUAAGUGGUAAAAGAAUGUCUGUUCUUAAAUGUAUGUCAUGCUUGUACUUGCCUAAAGAGUGAAAUUAAACUUGGAAAGGUCUGAUAUUUUAUUAAGGUGUUCCAGAUAACUUUUACAUUUGCAGCAUUGUAAAUGAACCAUUUUAUGUCUUUCUCAUACUUUUUUGGUAUCUCUGUCCAUAUAUUCCAUUUGUUUGAUAUGUACAACAGAUGCUAUUAAAGAAACUUGCUACAAAAGUAGUACAGAAUGUAUUUAGAACAACGGGAGGCUCUUUGGUAUUCACUGCUGUAUGUGUGAGCUUUUUGGACAGCCAUGGUUGGCACAAUGAUUUGUUGCUUCACUUAGAGUUUAUUUAAAGUGUGCCAUGCAUGAGAUUAGUGUUUAAUUUCUUGAAAUUUUAUAUUAUGCAAAGUGGGAAGUCUUUAAUGUGCUAAAUAAUAUAAAAUAACAUAAAUGGUAGAGUAUACUUGCAAGUAUACUGUCCUGGGUUAUUACUGGUUUUAUGGUUAUGCAAACUUACAUAUUUCAAACUGCAGCUGAAGAUGAAAAGAUCCUUAUUUUCAUUUACUAUUUGUAUUAUAAUAGUGCACAGAAAGUUGUAUGUGCCUAACAUCGUGACUUCAGGAUUUUACCCAGGCAAUUUCUCUAUAGAAAAGAGAAGUAAUUUUUUCUGAAAGAGAUCAGUGCCAUCUAAGCUCCUUUCUGCCUCAAGCUCUUCUCAAUAAUGUACAGGUAAACUAUUUGUUAGAACUAGUCUGCUUGUGCAUUUGAGGUUGUAUUUCUUAAGGCAAAAUGGGUGGUCAUACAAGGUAAAAGUAGGUUUUUGUGUUCAGACUUUUAUGCUGGCAUAGGUAAAUGUUUGUGCCCUUUAUUUAUACCUCCUAAAGAAACAAAUUUGAAUAAUUACAAGUGAUCACAUGAUUAGAGAAAUGUGUACAAUUGUUACAGUAAGGAUAAUGAAAAUGUCCAGAUAGUCCUAGAUGGUCAUAUCAUUGAGGGUAGGAAGGCUCUGCAGAUACUGAUUGACUGGAGCAACAAGCCAAAGCCAACUGCAUGAGGUUCAGCAAGACGAAAGGCUGGGUCUUGUGCUUGAGUCACAACAACCCCAUGCAGCACUACAGGCUGGGGAAAGAAUGGCUUGAAAGCUGGUCAGCAGAAAAGAGACUUGGAGGUGCUAGCCAACAGCUGCUUGGAUAUAAGCCCAGAGUAUGUCCAAGUGAUCAAGAAGGCCAGUGGCAUCUAGGUCUGUAUCAGCAGUGGUGUGGCCAGCAGGAGCAGGGCAGUGACUGUGCCCCUGUGCUCCGUACCAGUGAGGCCACAGCUUAUGUCCUGUGCUCAAUUCUGGACCCUUCACUACAAGAAAGAUAUUGAGGUUCUGGGAAUGGUAUGGAGCAUGGGUCCUGUGAGGAGCAGCUGAGGGAUAUGGUGGUGUGUAGUCUGAAGGAAAGGUGUCUCAGGGGAGACCUUACUGCUCUACAAUCACUUGAAAGGAGGAUGUAGCAAAGUGAAGGUCAGCCUCUUCUGCCAUGUUUCAAGUGCAUGGAUGAGAGAAAAUGGCCUUGCAUCAAGGAAGGCUCAAAUAAGGUAUUACAAAUUUUACUGAAAGAGUGGUUAGUCAUUAGACUAAGUUGCCCAGGGAGGUAGUGGAAUCGCCACCUCUGGAAGUGUUCAAGAGUCAUCUGCAUGUGGCACUUGGGGAUAUGGUUUAGGGGUGAUUAUGGUUGUGUUAGGCUGAUGAUUGUACUAGAUGACUUUGAAGGUCUCCUCCAACCUUGGAUCAAAGACAUAGCGCUGUUAGCUCAGGCUCUAAUGGAGUGUGGGAGCUGUUUAGAUCUCUUCUGCUGGUUUAGUUACUCAUCUGCUGCAGCUGAGUUUGCCUCAUCUUUUUUUUUUUUUUUUUUUUUUUUAAUGGAAAGAACAAAUUGGAAAACCUUCCAUGCAAUCUGUAAAGUUGCCCUGAAUCAAAUUUUUAAGUAAACUUUUCUGCCAUGUCCUGAUUCAGAAAAGCUUCUCAGCACACACUUAAAAUCUGUUUCCUGAGGGACAGUCAUAUUUUAAGCUUGUGCUUAUGUUCUCUGGUUGAAUAAAACUGCUUUUGUGAACUGGUGCCUUAAUGGUUAUGCCUCCUGAUGGAAUUAUAGUUCUUACAUACAUGUGGGUAAUAGUUGUCAGCAGUUUGUAGAUAGGGUGAUACAUCCUUUCAUAAACAUGAUUUUUUGGGGUUUUGUUGUUUUUUUUUUUUAAAUAAACAUAUACAUACCAGAAGUUGCCGCUUUCUCUGGUAAGUAUCUUAUAUAAUACUAUUAUUAAGGUUUUCUUAGAGUUGAUAGAAAAAAACUACACAUCUUUGUGGAUCUAUAGACGUGAAAACAUAGAGCAUACUUUUCAAUCUGAGUGAAACCAAAACUAUCUUUUCAGCCUUACAGUGGUGAUAUUUAUUUUUUUUUUCCUUUUGGGAAGAGGGGUACUUUGGAAAAGUGUAUUGGAGAAGUUUGAUUGGGGGCUGGGAGAUGAGGCUGUGUGUAACUAUCAGAAAGAAGUUAAUAGACAUAUCAUUGCCUUUCCCUGAUGUAUUCUACAGUGAGAUAUGAGCUGUUUGCGUAGAUUUUCAUCUAUUUCACAUUGCUUUAGAAUAGCUGUGGAGGGAGAGAAGGAAAAUUAGCAGUCAAAUAUUGCUUUUCUAAAAUUCAGUUUAUAAAGCCAAAAGAGUAAAUUAAUUGUUGGAGACACAAUGAAGAGAAAGUAAUUGCUUUAGAAGUUGUCAUAUCUUGACAUUAAAUAUCAUUGGGCGGAGGGGUGGGGUUCACAGAACAUCAAUUUCUAAAGCAACGUGUCAUUUAACCUCACUUCCCACCAACUGAAACAAAAUUCUCAACCCUAGAAUAUCCCUAGUAUUAUGUGGCACUUGUAUACAAAUGAAGUAUUCCUGUUUGAGCACACUGUUGCUAAGACAAAGUCAAAUGUGUGGUGUUAGAUUAUGGCAGUGUGAAACUUCAAAGUGGGCUGUAUCUAAACAUUACUUAUUAUCAAGCCAUAUAUUUUCACUAUAUUGUCUGCAGGAUGUAAAUAUGAAACUUUAAUUUUGCAGGUAUGGGGUGUGAGUUGGCACAAUUGUUAUGUAUGCAUCCUUUAUACUUAUGUGGUUUCUUCCACCUUUCAUAUAUGCACAGUUUUGUUUCUCAGUUAAUGGGUUGGCCACAUAUGCUUGUGAAUGAAUGUUAUUAUGCUGUUUUUCAUUGCAUUGGUUAUUGUCAGGAAAAUUAAACCACAAACACCAGAGCCUCUCCCUUUAUUCGAAUAAAGUAAAAUGACUCCUCUGUCUCCUUUUUGGACAUAAACCUCUGGUGUUUGUGGAUUAAUUUUCCUGACAGUUAUGAAGUACAGUGAAGGAAGAUAGAAGUGAUGUUUUUAUUCAAAUAUUCCACUGCUCUGCAUACAAUUCUUUAAGUGAGGGAGGGAGGAAGAAUGGGGAGGAAACUUGUUCUGACAAGUGAAGACUUGUUUUUAUUUCAUGGUCUGUGUGAUAGAAACCACAGUUAUCUGCUGCUAAAAACUGAACUGCAAUGAACAUAGUAAUAAUAACUUUAAAUUGCCAAAUGGUGUGUUAUGAUACUGUUGCAUUUAUUUAAUACCGUUACAUGUUUUCCCAUAAGAGUUAUCCAUUUGUGUAUAGAUGUUUCCCAAAUACUUGUUCUGUGGGUACAAAUUUCUAAUUUGGGAGGAAGUCGAGUUCUUUUCAGAGGUUUAUAAGAAAGCCUUAGUUUAAAUAUGUUCAUUAAAGGAAUUUUCUAAGAGGAAAUUAAAUUUAAAAAAAAGAAAUAAAAGUAAAAACAAAAUUCCUGGGAAGGGAUCAGGAGUUGAACAGCUGUAGCAGUAGAGUUCCUUGUUAGGAAGUAUAAAACCUGAUGUGUGCACACGUGUGUGUGGUUUUAAUUCUUGGAAAUACUUGCGGCUUCCUACUAACCCAAGUUUACAUUCCCAGAAUUUGUUUCUGAACCGUGAAAUGCAGAGAGAGAAGCUGUGCUUUCUUCUGGAGAAACAUUAACUGGUUAACUGCCCUCAUGUCCAUUUCUCAGGUAAAAUUAGAAAUAGAGCACAAAUACAUUUGGUAGGCUACGGACAAUCUGUCAGCUGAAGGGCAGAAGGAUUAACUAUUUAUACAAAAUAUGCAUAUCAGCAUCUCUGAGCUAAUAAUUGGGUCAUGUUGGAUGUUCACAGUGAAGAAUGCAAGGCAGAAUAGAGAGUCCAAGGUAUGGUCUUUUCUGUUAGCAAAAAGAUGCAGACGUACCUCCAUUUGUAUUUUGUCAAUUCUUGAAAAACACAUUUUUAUUUUUGUUAAUGAGAGUUGAUUUUGCUGGGGGCACUUCUGCCAAAUAUAAAAUCAGUGCCUCUUGCAUGUAGUGGGAUCAGCCUGAUGUAUCCCAUUAGGUAUAAUUUGCAAUGCCGUCCUGCUUGUAUAAUUUAGAGUAGAAGCCCACAGAGGUGUAAAUAGAGAUAGCAUAUUGAAGUUCUAAAUAAAACUUAUGUUUUGAAUUCAGAAACGGUCACUGAUUAUGAGAUGCAAGCUUUUAAUUUGAUUUUUCUUUAAUAUAUAGUUAAGGCAAAACUGUCUUAUAAAGUAUUCUUAAGUUUUGUAGACAAAGCAUAAAUGUUAUUGUAUAUGUGCUAAUUGUGGCAGAGUUUUACAUUAUCAUUCUAGUUGGUUUUUACAAUAAAGUUAAUUUUACAAAAAA